AUGUCUAUCACACAAACCACCCAGAUUGUUCAUCUCAAUGCUCCAACCCAUUUUCCCAUUAAAUUAACUAAUGCCAAUUUCCCAAUAUGGAGGAAUCAAGUUGAGUCUACUCUCAUUGGCCUUGAUGUUAUUGGCUUUGUUGAUGGUUCUAUCAAAGCUCCGGAACGACUUUCCGAUGCAGCUACAAACACCAUUAAUCCCCUUUAUAGAAUUUGGAACAGACAAGAUCGUAUAAUACUGAGUGCUCUCUUAGGCAGUGUCUCAGAAACUCUACAACCAGUUAUCUCUUCUGCUUCUUCCGCUACAGAUGCUUGGUCACGCUUAGCAACCUGUUGUGCUGCCUCUUCCAGAAGCCGCAUAGUCUCAUUGAAGGCAAAGCUUGCGAAAAAUCCAAGAGGGAGUCGCUCUAUUGAUACCUAUAUGCGCGAUAUGCGUGCCAUCGCGGAUGAUUUAGCCCUUGCUCAAAAUCCGAUUAGUGAAGAGGAUCUAGUUGUUCAUAUCUUUACUCAAUUGGGUGAUGAAUACAAUCCUAUCGUUGCUGUUGUCCGCGUACGGACUACACCAAUCUCUUUUAGUGAAUUAAGUGAUGUCCUUACUGAUUAUGAACGUCUGUUAAAAGACAAUGAGGGUGCUCACCAGUCUCUAAUUGCUACAGCGAAUGCCACUCAACGCCGAUUUAAUACCUUUCCACAAUCGUCAGGAUCAACCUCUUAA